GACAGCUCCUAACAGGUUUACCAAAUUCUUUCCAUAAUGGGAAUAAAAAAGGAAAGGUUCAAUUCCCGUGCACAGAUUGUGAUGCUGACCCUUCUAGCAUGCAGUUGCUCAGUGUCUGAAGGUCAGUCAGGACCCCUGUUUUGCACUAAAUCCUCCCCCUCACCCAGUACUCCGAGCUCUGUUCAUGCUCUGAGGCCUGCUGAUGUGUCUGUGAUAUCUGCUCUUGUUUUGUCUGAUGCGGAGAGAUCUGAUGAAAGUACAGUCCUGAACAGACUGUCAGAAAUAUUCUUCACCUUUAACCCUGAUGUGACAUUCGAUGUCCCCAGUCAGAGGAGCGUCAUGGAUCAAGCAGAGGGCAUUACACAGUCCUUCAGCUCCACUCAGUGGAAGCUGCUCUUGUUUUUUGUACCAGUUGAAGAGCCCUGUGUGUGUGAAGGCCAGGACCUCAAAGCAGCUCUUAAUGAAACAGUAAGCAGAGUGGAGAAAGAACUGGAUAGCCUUUACAAGAAGUUAAAGCACACACUUGUUCAUGUUGUUGUUUGGGGUCGACUGCCAACUGCUAAAUCUCAUAACCGAGUUUGUCAGUGCCAGUGUGAGGAGGAAUACAGUAUAAAAAGAAGAAGGCUGGACACAGUAAUGCUCAUGGCAUCUUUGCAGGAAUCUGUCAGUGCUGUUCUAAAGAACAGAGGCUGGUUCAGUGAAAGGGAAGAUUUCAGCGUGACGCUUCAGUCCAGGCCAGUGCACACUGAUCUGUCAGCCCCAAAGGAAGCAACAACAGCUGACACCACACUUGACCUAAGCAAACUGGCUUUACAACUCUGGAUACAUUUGCUGCAGCCAAUGUCAGCCAAGACUGAAGUGGAGGGGAGGGGCUUAAUCGACAUUCCAUGCCCUACUGAGGAAAGGCCGUAUUUGCGAACACAACAUAAUACACACGCUGAACCUGAGCUGAAAAUCUCACAAAAAGCAGAAAUCUCUCCACGUCUAGAUCCAGUGUUGGGAACUGAGCUCACCUGUGAGGACCGAGCUCCAUCUCCCACUGUUCCUACCUCAGUUCAUGCCCUGAGGCCUGCAGAUAUCAAAGUGGUGGCAGCGAUGGGGGAUUCGUUGACGGCAGGCAAUGGGGUGGGUGCAGCACAAAGCAAUCUCUUGGGGGUGCUCAGAGAGUAUCGCGGUCUCUCAUGGUGCAUCGGUGGGGACAAGAACCUAACAACUGUGACCACUUUGCCAAAUAUUCUGAAAGAGUUUAACCCUUCGCUUGUUGGCUAUUCACUGCGAGAGGGAGGUGAGAACUCUGCACAGAGUUUUUUAAACCAAGCAGUACCAGGAGCCAAAUCCGAUGAUAUGGUCAAGCAAGCUAAUGCUGUUGUUUCAAGAAUGAAAACAGAUUCACGUAUUGAUUUCCAAAACGAUUGGAAAGUUAUCACCAUCUUUAUAGGGGGAAAUGACAUAUGUGACUACUGCUCUAAUACUCUGUAUUAUUCUCCUGAUAACAUUGUGAAGCGUUUACGUGAAGCUCUGGACAUAUUACACAGUGAGGUACCUCGUGCCCUGGUGAACCUGGUGGAGCUCCUGCAUAUAGUUCCAUUGCGCCGUCUGCAUCAGGACCCCAGUAUUGGCUGUCCCACCUGGCUGGUCAAUAUAUUGUGUCCGUGUGUUCUUAAACCUAAAGAUGGAUCUUUGGAAUUCCAAAAGUUGCAGGAUUUCAAUAAAGCUUAUCAGCGUUCUAUGAAGCAGCUGGUUGAGUCAGGGCGAUAUGACACGCAUGAGAACUUCACUGUGGUCUUGCAGCCGUUCUUAAGAAAUGUGUUUCUUCCUUUCCUGGAGGAUGGAAGGCCUGACCGUUCCUAUUUCUCUCCGGACUGUUUUCAUCUUGGUCAAAAAGCUCACACUCUAAUGGCGCGAGCUCUCUGGAACAACAUGCUGGAGCCCUUAGGUAAUAAGACAGACAGUCAAGAUUUUACUGCUGGCAUCUCUGUCAAAUGUCCUGAAAAGUCUGCCCCAUAUUUGAAGACCUAUCACAACAGCAAUUACACAUACGAAACAAAGCCUCCCACUCCUUUUCCUCCUGCUAAUUGGGGAAGUGAUUUCUCAUGUGUGGAUACAGCAGUUGGUGUUGGUGUGAUACCAACAUCAGUUCACAGGCUGCGUCCAGGUGACAUUAAUGUAGUUGCAUCUGUGGGAGAUUCAAUCACUGCCGGCUUCGGUGCAAAGGCUAAAAACCUUCUUGAACUAUCAGAUGAGGAGAGAGGGGUCUCCUGGAGCAUUGGUGGGGAUAAUACUUUGGAAACAGUUUCCACAGUGCCAAAUAUUCUCAAGAAGUUCAAUCCAAAUGUUUUCGGCUUCUCACUGGGAAAAAAUAAACAAACAAAAGGCUUCAAUAUGGCAGUGUCAGGAGCCAAAGCAAGUAAUAUACCAGUGCAAGUGAGGGAGCUCAUCACGGUUUUAAACAGUAGCAAUAAAGUGAAUUUUGAAAAUGACUGGAAACUGGUGACACUGUUUAUUGGGGGAAAUGACCUUUGCCAGUUCUGUCAUGACCGGGCUUCUCUGUCCCCUCAGAAGUACAUUGGUUACAUCCGAGAUAGUUUAGACAUGCUGUAUAAUGAGGUUCCUAGAGUGUUGGUGAAUUUUGUGGAAAUUUUUGAGAUCAAGGAUCUGCGUCAAGUAAAGAGAGACACUCUGGGCUGCAGCCUUCUGCAAGAGAACAUUUGUCCGUGCUUUUUGAAACCUGGUCAGAACUCUCCAGAACUGAGUGAAAUGACUAAGAUCAACAGGGAUCUCCAGACAGAGACUGAAAGGCUUGUGUAUGGUGGUCGGUAUGACAAACGAGAGGACUUUGCAGUGGUGCUACAACCCUUCUUUAAAAACUCAAUUCUUCCAUUGGUUGGGGACGGCACACCAGACCUGAGCUUCUUCUCUGUGGACUGUUUUCAUUUCACUGAACGUGGACAUGCAGAGAUGGCUAUCUCUCUCUGGAACAACAUGCUGGAGCCUGUGGGGAGUAAACAGACCUACAAUAAUUUCACAUAUGACCGCAGUAAGAUUCACUGUCCCACAAAGGAGCAUCCUUUUAUCUUUACACUAGUAAACAGUGUGAAUAGUGACUCUAACAUCUCAACCACGGUCAUACCCACUACGGUUCAACCGGGAACUCCACUCCCUCCAAAGUCCUCCAGUGAUUCCAUACCUGCCUGGGGCGCUGCCCUUCUGGCUGUGGGAGGCUUGCUGAUUGGUUGGGCCAUAACGUGGAUCUUCUUCUACUACAGAGACCGAAGAAGCCGAAAGAGAAGCCAGAACGAUACUAAGAGUGAAAUGACAGGAACUCAAUUUUAAUAGGCUUGUAGAAAGAAAAUGUAGAUAAAUAAGAUAAAAAAUUCCAUUUGUAAAUUGUUGUUGUAAAUUAUUUAUAUAAGAAUAGUAAUGAUAGAUAAUGUACGUAUGACUGUAAUACUGUCAGUGACUGCCCCUGCUUAUAUCUGACCAUGAGCAAUAAAGUUAAAAUGAUUUUUAUUGAACCUUAAACUGACAUUAUCAACA